AUGCAGCGGGGUAUACGACAAGGAAUUGAAUCUCAAAUUCUAAUGACAAGUGCUGAACGUAUUUAUGAAUAUGGUGCCGGAAAAUUGUCUCUUUUCCAAGCUCUCUUUCGAUUUACCGAUCGAUCACUUAUUACAGGGCACAUUCUCAUCGAUGAUGUUGAUAUCAGUCGUAUCACUCUGAAACUUCUUCGAACUCAUAUCAGUAUUAUUCCUCAACAAGCAGUUCUCUUCAGUGGUUCUCUUCAGUCAAAUCUCGAUCCAUUCAAUCAUUAUUCUGAUGGACAAUGUUGGAAAGCAUUCGAAGAUGUACAAUUAAAAAAGUUUGUCUCUGAUCAUUCCGAGCGUCUUCUCUUGCCUAUCGCUGAAUCAGGCAUUAAGUUGAAUGCUGGCCAACGUCAAUUAGUACCUGUUGCACGAGCUAUACUCAAACAAAGUAAAAUCUUGUUAAUCGAUGAAGCAACGGCCAAUGUCGAUCCUGCAACGGAUACAUUCAUUUAA